CCAUAUUGCCCAGCAUGCCUACCUCCACAAAAUGAGUAAAAUACAUCACUUGGAAAAAUGCUGAUAGAGAGAUCGUUUCUCAUCUUGAAAAGCAGCAGAAGGGUGGAAAUAAGGAAGCAAGAAAUGUGGGUAAAUGUGUGGGAUUAGUGAGCGCUUGAUGGUAUAUGAUUUGUUCUGUGUUUUCCACACAGGUGAGCCGGUGAUGACUGCGAAUGAAUCUGGCGUCUGGCAGGUGGCCCUCAACGGUUCGAUGUGCAAUGUGACAGUGUCCCCCUCGUUCCCGGGCACUUGCCUGCUCUUGAAGCUGAAGCCUUUCUUCAUUCUGCUCUAUGCGGCGCUGGUGCUGGUGGCAUGCGGUGGGAACCUCCUCCUCCUGGCUCACAUCAUCUCCACCAAGAAGCUCCACACCACCACCAACUUCCUCAUCGGCAACCUGGCCGCCUCCGACCUGGUGAUGUGCAUCUUCUGCGUGCCCAUGACGGCAUCCUACGCCUUCGCCAGCCAGGGCUGGCUCUUUGGGAUCUUCAUGUGCUACUUCAUCAAGCUGAUGCAGUCCACCACCGUCUUUGUGUCUGUCUUAUCCCUCACGGCCAUUGCCGUGGAUAGGUAUGUGGUGGUGGUGUAUCCAGUCCACCGCAGGAUUAGACCGCGCUCCUGUGCCUACGUCAUUGCAUUGAUCUGGUUGGUCUCCAUUGGAAUUUCGAUGCCAACUCCCCUGCACACCCAAUAUAUAAAGAUCAACCAUCUGGGGAUCAACAUGAUCAUCUGCGAGGAGCUUUGGGACAGACGGGAGCAUCAAGGUCUACUGUACUCCUGCAUGGUGUUCCUGCUGUUCUACAUGCUCCCAGUUGGUGCUGUUUCCAUCUCCUACUGCGCCAUCACGUACCACCUGAAGAGGAGGAAGGUUCCGGGAGCGGACUUGCACAGCCAUGACAAGUGGUCAAGGAAGAAGAGGAGGGCCUUUUGCAUGCUCCUCAUCUCCGUCCUCUGCUUUGCACUCUGCUGGAUGCCCCUGCAGACGGUCAACCUGAUCUGGGACAUUGACAAGAGCAUCUUCGACAAGACCUACCUGGAGGUGAUCCAGGUGUCGUGCCACCUGGUUGCCAUGAGCUCCACCUGUUACAACCCCUUCAUCUACGCCUCCCUCCACAACAAGUUCCGCCUCCACCUGAGCAACCUGUUGACCCGCAACAGGAAGCAGGGCAGCAGCACCAUGUCCAGCCAAAACUUCCGCUUGAACACCUGCACCUCGCUGGAGGUGUCCACCGUCACCGACAGCAAACAGAAGAGGCCAUUCUAUCUGAAGCAGAGCGUCUGACGAGGACAACUUGGUCGAGGCUACUGAAGCCACUGCCUCCCACCAUGACUCCAGAGGUGGGCCCUCCUCUGUACCAGUCAAUGGGUUCCACUGUGUUCCUGCAGUGUGGAGCCCAGGUUUCUGCUUAGCCCCUCUCCCAUUCAGCAUAACCCCCAGGCCCCACUGUUGGGCUCCAGAGUGGAGCAAGAGGAACACACCAAACAGAAUUGGAUCAGGUUGAGCUCUGUACACUUGCAAACAGAACAAGCAACUGCUUCGUCAUCGAAUGGAAGGGCAGAAAGUUGGCCGUUCCGCACUCAAGAAGAAUGCACCCGUGACAAGAUCCAUUCAACGCCAGUCCACACAAUACAGGGCAGUGGUGAACAGCCACACACACACACACACUCAGAGACAAUGUACCUCUGACGCUGGGCCUUUAGCCGACUACUCGCCCUGUAGAUUUGCAGCAGUUCUCUGCUGAAUGAUUUAAAGCAACAAUGUUUAAGGUGGUUGAACAGAAGGGGUCUGGAUCAUUCGCCAAUUGACCUGGUUGGAGGAUGCCAGAGGAUGCCAGCUGAGGAAUGAAAAAUUAACGACGAACAGAAGUAAAUUCUUCAAACCAGACCUCUGACAUUAGAUGUCCUACACUGAAGAUAUUAAAUACAGGAUAUUAAAUAUAGGCCAUGCAACUCCAGUGUCUCUUCUGUCAUUUGAUUAGGCCACAACCGCCAUCCAACCCGUCUAUCUGCCUUGGAUCCUUGAUCAAUACCCAAUUUGAAAUUUACAUUUGUUUUAGCUUCAAGCUCACCUUCAUUUGGGGAGAGAGUCUCCAGUUAUCCACAGGCCUCUUUGAGGGAAUGCCUCCUGAUAAUAGCAAAGAAUUAAACAAAAUAUUAAAAUGAGGGAGGGUGACUAAGUUGGGGACUGUGGGUGAGUGGUGGAAUAUUUGCGUUGGGGAACGGGUUGCGUUGGGGGACCAUGCCUCCUGUGGGGACUAUGGGUGAGUGGUGGAAUGUUGCAUUGGGGGGACGGCUUGUGUUGGGGUAACGGGUGAGUGGUGGAAUAUGUCACACAGGCCUCCCGUGUGACAGGGACCCAACGGGUCCCACUUGGUCUAGUAUGAAAUAAAAUUCUAGAAAUGCUGGUAACACUGAAUAGAUCCUACAGCAACUAUAGAAAAAAAAUUGAAUUAACUGAAGUCCUCAAGAUAGGUCAUAUACUAGUGAAGAGAGAAAAACAGGCAAUAUUAAAGAUUGGUGACUUUCAACAGAAUUUGCCAGUUCUCUGUGUUCUCUCUCUCAAACUGCCCUCAUUAACCUAUUAAUCUGGCAACUUCAUCUACAUCUUAUCUCCAUUGCAUCUUAUAAGAAAUAUUCCUUUCAUUUUUCCAUCACCCACCUGCCUCUGCUACUUAAAGCUAACUUGUUUUCUCUAUUUCACAGUUCUAAUGAAGAGUCUUUGACCUGGAAUAUUAUCUCUAUAUCUCAUUCCAUGGAUGUUGUCUGACCUGCUGAGUGUUUCCACUGUCAGGCAAAACUUUAAUUAUUUUUUGUCUUUAAUUCAAAUGAAGACAAACUGGAAACUUCAAUGUAAAUAGUGCGGGUACAAAUAAGCUAAAUAGAUUAUGAAAAUGUCUGAGAUAGGAAAAUGACAAAAAUAAUCAAAGUGGAGGUCUUGAGUUUCUGAUCUAGAAUACAAAAGGGCCAAUCUUUGUUACACCACACAGAACAAUGGUGAGUCCACAUCUGGAGCACUGUGUUCACUUCUGGGUUUCAGAUCCUAGGAAGGAUAGGUUUUGUAGAUUGGCUAUUUCCUACUAGCAAAUUAUAGUGCUUGUUAGUAGUGACUCCGCCUGUCAUGCGCUUUAUAUUAUCAAGAGCUUGCCUACGCUAGUUAGUACGAGUAUCUGCUAGGAAAUGUAAUGUCCUGCAGAUCUAUGCUGUAAGUAGAGUAAAUAAACAUGUGUUGUAUCUUGAUCUGUGUUCGACUCAGCUCAUUACAUGGUGUCAGAGAGUGAAUCUUGCCCACCGCGUUCAUGUUUAUUGGGUUUUGUUUUUUAAAUUAGUUUAUGUGCCUACUAUAUGCAUCAUGGCAAAUAGUGUCACCGUCCAAGUCCUCUGAUCUUUGACUCUGACAUUGCUGAACGCUGGCAUCUUUUCGAGCGCAUUAUGCUUGCAUCGUUCAUCGCAACAACCCCCUCGAUGUGCGUACUUCUGUAUUGUUCAACUUCGCGGGACCCGAGGCAAUGAAUCCUGCCAACAAUUUCACAUUUGAGCCUGCUGUUCUGGAUGCUAAUGGUCAGGUCCUGGUGCCUGCUGAGACGAUAGACGACCCUGCUGUCUUACUUGCAAAGUUCAGACGGUUGUGUGAACUGCCCUCAAACUACAUUAUUGAACGGACCAAGUUUUAUGCUCGUAUGCAACAGAUUGAUGAACCGAUUGAACGUUUUAUUAGUGACUUAAAACACAUGGCUGCAUGCUGCCAAUUUCGAGAUCUGUGCGAUGAACUCAUCCAUGACAAACUUGUCGGAGGAAUGCUUGAUAGCAAGUUGCGGGGUGAACUUCUUCGUGAUACUGACCUAACCCUUAAUCAAGCAGAGCAUGCCUGUUGGAUUGCUGAGAUGACAUCUUACCACACUGAGUCUGUGCCCUCCGGUCACCGUUUGCAGCAUAGUGUUAAUCCUACAGACUCUUCCUCUCGUAACACCCGUACAAGGCCUGUUCGAUGUCAAAAUUGCGACUAUUUACAUGCUACGGGUCGACAGUUCUGCGUUGCUUAUGGUAAAGCCUGUAAUUUCUGCAAGAAGUUAAA